ACUCCAAAUGGUUUCUGAUUCUGGUUGUGCAGGAGGCUAGCAAUCAACCGGGGCUACUAAUGAAGUUGAAUAAGCUCCAUUCUGAUUACGAACGCCAAAUGAAAGAAAUGGCUGAAGAGGUCAAACGGUUCAGCUUAGAGGCCGGUGUGCUUAAGGCAGAAUUUGAGGGAGAGCAAAGCUCAUGCUCUGCGUCAUGUGAAAACCAAAUAAACCAUACUCCAGUGGACUCAGAGCUGAAGGAACUCAAAGAGGAAUUUAACAAAUUGAGUACUCUGGUCAGCCAGAUGGAAAUGACCAAAUCCCAAUUCAGUGAAACAGAUAAAGAAGUUCAGGGUGAACCAGUUGAACGCUCUAUUACCAGCAAGAAUACCGACGAUCAAUCAACCUUGGAGCCAUCUCAACCUGAAAAUUCUGAGGAAACACUUUGCAAAAAGGACCAGAGCAAAGCAGAGGUGUGUUGCUCUUGCACUAAAAAAUCUUUGUGCAAGACCAAAAGUUGCAAAUGCAGGGCAAAUGGAAGCGGAUGUGGGGACUCUUGUGGCUGCUUAGCCUCCAAAUGUAGCAACAGAGAAGAAGAAAAUCUAAAACCAAUGCAACCAGUAGAUGCUAAGAAACCCGCUGGGAUUAGCCAUGACGACAAAGACGCAAACAAACAACCAUUACGCGACAUAGGGAAUAUACAAGAAGCUGUGAAAGUUGGUAAGCUGAGGAAAGUGCAGAAACGGGUUUCUAAGAAAUAAUGAAAAUCG